CUAGGUGACUGCGCUGCGUGCCAAGCCGGCUCAGACGUGGAGACCCUGGAAUAAGAGCAGGAACAGGAAUAUCCUCCUGAGCCAGUGCCACGACGCUGAGACACACACACACACACACACACACACACACACACACACACAUACUCAUACACACACGCCCCGGCAGGGCUGCCUCUGCUCCGAUAAUAAGCAUCCUAUGCUAUUUAUGCUCAAGAUGGCGGUGCAGGCAGCAGAAAAGGACGGAAUAAAUGUGGAAGAUGAUCAGCUGAACGACUCGCUGGGGAACCCCGGCCUCAUCUCACCUGACAAGGAGGAUUUAUCACGUCUCCUGACGGUGCCAUUCAGCGGACGCAUCCGGGGCGGCAUGCGGCCAGGAAAGAAGAUCAUAGUGAUGGGCAUUAUUGACUUGGAGCCAGACAGUUUUGACGUGAGCCUGACCUGUGGCCGUGAUUCGGAGAAGGAUGAGCCACCAUACGAUGUGGCCCUGAAGCUCACCGCCCGCUUCAAUGACCGCCAGUUCCUGCGCAGCGCCCGGAUCUCUGGAAAGUGGACAGUGGAGGAGGCCUCCACCUCCUACUUUCCUUUCAUCCCCGAUCAGCCUUUUAGGAUUGAGAUCCACUGCGAGCACCAGAGGUUCCGAAUAUUCGUGGACGGACACCAGCUCUUUGACUUUUAUCACAAAGUAAAAUCUUUGCCCUCUAUCGACACAGUACGGAUACAUGGAGACCUACAGAUCACCAAGCUCGGUUAACUUCCCGCUCCAGCUCUGCAAAGUCGUGUGUGAAGCAAGGACUUGAUAACAGAUGAACACACACACACAUACAAACACACUCACACACAUACACAUACACAUACACACACACACAAACACACGCAUGCGUCUGUUACGUCAUCAUCCGUAACCCAUCAUGCAACACUGCAGCAGAAUAACAACUGGAAAAAAGGCUCCCACAGUGACACGUUAGAGUCCUCUACUUAAGUUCAUUCACUUCUUUUCAUUCCUUUGUAUUUAACCAGGAUCUGAUAUCUUUGCGGGUGACUGUGUUUGCUCCAUUUUCAGGUUGUUCCUCCUCGUAGCCCCAAUUUUGUCAGAUCAGGGAUCUCAAAGCUUAUUAAUAGUGUGUUCAUUUUUUACGUUGAAUCCUUUUAGGGAUGCUGAAACAGAGGCAGGUGUGGAAAAAUAACUCUCAAAGAAGACGUUAAGAAACCGAAAACUCAGGAAAAAUAUCUGGUACUUAGCUAAAAUUAAAGCAAACUGUCAUUGAAGGGUGAAAACCUCAAUUGAUUAGAUGCUUUAACACAAAUGAAAGACUUAUACUGUUGAGUUGCCCUCCAAAAUGUCUUGGAUAAAUUGUAAAAUGUGUACUGUUGAAGCUUUUUGCGGCUUACGAUGAAGAUUUUCACCCAGCGACUGUGACAAGUAAAACUGAGCCUUGAUUAAUUCCCUCAAGCGCAUAAAAUGAUUUUCAUAUCAGAUAAAACUGGUUUAAAUUAAAACAUUUUAGGUCGUUUGGUGCUUUCAGAUUCACUGAGCUGGAUGUGGGAUUACUACUGCAGUUAUCUUCUAAAUCUCAACCUGCAGAUGAUAAGAGUCGAGUAUUACACCCUGUUUUCUCUGUGCUGAUGCGUCUCCAACUCCGUAGACAGUCCCCUGCCUUCCCUUGGGUUUAUUCCAGUUGUCAUGGUAACAACGCUGCAAUCUCACCGACCUAAAUACCCAAACUGAGGAUUAUAUCAUGACAAGAUGUAGCGGAAAGCGUCCCAUACUGUACACUGCGUGUGUUGGUAGUUUGCACUCAUUUUAGCGUUCACUGCAGUCGUUCUCUUGUUGGUAGAAAGUUCUGUGUGGCGAGAGGAGCUGCUUAGCAGGAAGUUGCUGAACUGGACUCUGAUCUCUGUUAUUUCACUCACAUUUUUCAUACAAACCUCGUCCAAGCUGCACAAUAGCAAGAUAUGCAACUUCUUCUCUUGCAUAAAAGAACACACACACACACACACCGUAACACACACACACUAGUAAAUAUUUAGAAGAAACUGUGCUGUCAAAGAGUGCAAACUAAAAUGACCUAAACAUUCAGCAGUCAGUUGGUUGUUUGGAAGCAGGAUCAGAUCCUGAUGGUAUUUUGAAUGUAUAGUAUUCAUGUUUCUAUAGUAACAUAGAAGACAUAGUGAUGCACAAGACGAUUACUCAGUGUCACAGUUUGUUUGUGGUAUGGCUGGUGCUGUUAUAGUCCAUUUACAGUUCAACUGUAUGUCUUACUUUUUGUUUUUUUAUGUGUUUCUGAAUCAUUCCACAUUAGUGUCUUGUCCACACUAAGGUAGAUUAGAGGUUACAAAGCGGUUACAUCCUUGUUUGUUGAAGCCAGCAGGUCUAACAAGCACUGUUAAGUCUUAUAUGCAUCGCAUGGUUUUGUCUCUAUAACUCUUCCACUCUGCACAAGACGUCUUUUUCCUUCACUGAGACAGAUAAUAGUUUAGGUUACAUGCAAAGUCAAACUCACAGGUAUGAAAAGUAUUAUGUCUCAAAGUGCUGUGUUUACACCUCCUACAGGAUGAACAUUCACUAUACUCUGCAGACUUUAACACGUAGAGCUGUAAUAAAAUCACAACAUAGAUUUCUCUGUGUCACUUUCUAAUAAGUCACCCUUUAUUAAGGGUUUAUAAAUUGUACCCAAUGGAGUUGUUAAUAGGUAAAAAAUACUAAUACUUUUUUAGAAGCCAUUAACGAGAAAAACUUCUGGGUUUUCAGGUUGUGAAAAAUCCCUGUUUUUUCUAUUUUGUCUUUUCAAUUCAGUAAUAAUACAGCUGUAAAUGUUGCUAAUAAGCUAAGCAGUAAAUUGAUAAAUUGAUGAUAUUGAUAAUAAUGUUGAUAAAUCAUGUCGUUGGUCCAUCAGAUUGUUCUGCAAGUGUCAUACUGUUGGAGGAUUUUUCACCUCAGAAAUUGUUCUUAUUAAUGGCUUCUAACUGUCCUAUAAAGCAUUAGUAAAGUAUCUAUUAACCUUAAAUAGAAUCAUUAUUUAUAACUUAUGAACCAUUUAUAAAGGCUAACUUACUAGAAACUUCUAAAUGGAUAAAACAAUAAAACUUGAACCAGGUUGGAGAAGCUUGUUUGAUCACCGUCGUAGUCAAAGAAGCAGAAGUUAUUCUUCACAUUGGACUGAAAAGUGUCAUUUUUCAGAGCCACCCAAAAACAGUGAAGAAGCAAAGAUUUUUUGUUGGUAGACUUUUUUUCCACGAGGCUGCACCGAACUACCGUUAACAUUUUUACAUUUUUACACAGAAUAUUCAGUGUUGCUCUUAAGCUCAUGAAGGUUUUCUCAUUGCCUUCUGCUGCUGUGAAGUUGGAGUAAGCCAUGACAUCUGUGCAGGACCUCUCUCUGCAUAUCACUGCGGGGCGCUCGUUAAGUGAAGCGUACCAUCGCUCAUGUUAAUUAAGCUGCCUUGUAGAUUUCAGUGGAAACUUAUAUGAAACCCCCUUUGCUUAACAUCUCAGUGGGCUGCAGCUAUGUGUGCAGCAUUCAUCGAAAAAUACAGAGAUGCUGUUCGCUGUACGUUCAUGCACUGAGAUUUUUCUAAUUCUUUUCACGUAGCAAUAAAGUUGCUGCUGGCAAACUUGUUUUCUCCUGGUUGGUCUUCCUGAGUGCCAGAGCUGUCGUUGUCGCUUGGCAGCCGCUGGUUUAUUUCGGACACAAACAGGAUAUGAAUUCAGUUAGGAAUGAGAGGGCAGUGAGAAGUGCAGCUCUAAGCCAGUGCGAUGCAUCAUUACUCCAGUAUUACAACAGAACAAAUACUAUGUAAUUGUGUGGACAGGGUGUGUUUUUGGGUGCUGUUUUUUUGUGUUGUUUCUAUUAACAAUUGACCAUACAUUUAUAAUUCUACAGUUUCUUGCAAAAUCAUGUUAAUAUACACUAUGUAAAGAUUAUGACCAUGACUCCACAGUAUGUUUCAGUGAUGUAGAAACAAGAUGUGUGUUGAAGUGUAAUACAAGUUACUGUUUUAGGCUCCUCUGCUUUCGUUUAUUGCACAUGGAGCCAAUGGGGGAGGGAGACAAACAAUUUGAGACUUCCUGUACUAAAGGGCUUGAGAGGGAGCUCUUUAUGUUUGUGUGUGUGUGCGUGUGCAAGGAGUGUGUUUUGCUUAACAUAAUUAGCAAAUUAUUUUUGCGACUGUUGUGAGUGUUUUCCCAUUUGGUUGAGUGUGGUGCAGGUACACGAUAAGCAUGCAGGGUACUUGAGCUUACGUUUUUGGUACUGGUGCACUUUAAAAGAAGGCGUUUGGCGGGAAAAAGAAACUCACAAUUGCUUAGUAUUCCAAGUAAGCAAAGACGCAGAAUCGGUACAUGUGCUUGUGUAUUUGGAAAACGUCAACAUGCGGUGUGUUUCAUCCUAAAAUGUAGUGUUGAAUACAACAGAUCCCAGUUAUUGAUCUCCUAAUGAUCCCAUGUCCUUUAAAAAGCAACCUUGGGAAAAUGUAAUUAUUACUCUUAACUAUUAUUUGAAUUACAGCCCUUUAAAAGUACAACUAAAAUAAACUGAAUGUCUUUCUCUUCCUGAUUGUAAUCUGAUGAUAAAUGCAGAGGUGGAAAUACUGUUCUCACCUCCAGUUGUUUAGGAUCCCAGCUUCACCUUCUGUUCAGGUGUAUUUCAAAGACUUCCUACCCUCAUUUAAAAAAUCUGAUGUUAUUUGACCCAGGUCUGUACGUUACCCUGCUUUUGGACUUUGGAUGUACAUAUUUAUGAACGUUGCCUCACAGGCUUCGUUUAUUUAAACACGACGAAUACCAAACUGAGUAACAAGCAGGAAGCAUUAUGUUGUGCAUGUAAGUUAGUACCUGGCGAUCUUGUGUACAUGAAAGAUUGAGGUAUUAUAUUGCCAGUUUUUGUUCAGAUCAAGCAUGCUUUUAUGUUACAUCUAUCAGGCACUUUUCAAAGGGCAAAUUUCCCCUUGUGGGUGAAUUUUUAUUUGGCCUGUUUACCUUUUUAUAGCCUAGUAUUAAUGGAGAUUCUAGUUUAGUACAUAACCAAAUUACAACUUUUGAACACAAACAUUAGGAUUGCACAAAGCAAGAAUUUGAACUUAAGUAUCUAAUUAAAGCUUUUUUUUCUCCCAUGAGUUUUAACAAGUAGAACGACAAAAUGACUUUCUAUUAAGUGCUAUAAACCUAGUUGGCUGUUGUGAGAACAGCUACAUCAUGAUGUCCAUUUAUAAAAGUGUCCUCGGAGUAGAAGUAGGCUGAUCUGUUGCUAAUGUAUUGUGUGUGGUUGUACGAUCAUGUUAUCAUUUCUAUUUAUUACAGUGUAACCAGCAGGGUUGUGCGUGUGUGUGCGUGGUAAAGUCAUUCCUACUGUAUUUGGUAACAUACUAAUUUUUGCUGUUUAUAUGAAGGCAUCUUGAAAAGUUUUUUAUAACACUGACUGUUUUAGGAAUUUGUCCAGAUGAAAAUGAAUUUGGGACGGUAAUGUCAAAGACUAAUGUCAUGCACAAAUGUUAAUGAUGAAACGAAACAAUUAUUGGGUCAAACUGUCCCCCGUAGAUUCGUUCUUUUUGCAAUUUUUAACCAUAAAACAAGGCAAACCAUCAUUUUAGGGUGUUUCUAGGGUGUUUUGUAGGUUUGAGGUUCACCGGGUUCUGGCUGUUACUUUGAUCUUCUGAAAGUCUUUCAUGUUACAGAGCCUCAUGUUGGCCCUCUCUGUGCUGUUUCAUCUGCUUUUUUUUUUUUUUUUUUGUACGGUGGAGCAGAUGUCUGUUCUGUCACUACAAGAAACGUGAGUUCUCUCCUGUACAAGAAAUUCCAGAAAUAUCCUGAGACGACCCUGAUUUCAUGUCUCAUUGAGAAUAUGCACUUGGACCAGUAUUUAGAUGAAGACAGUACAUUCUGCCAUUGUGUUAAACUUUCCAAAUCUUCCUCUUUUUUUUCCUUCCUCAUGCUUUUGUAAAAACAGCUUCUUUGCAAACCAAUAAACUUCUCAUCUUGGAAGGUU